CUGCGCGAGCGAGACGUCAUGAGCGUCUCUCCAGCCAACAUGGCGGACUUUGAUACCAUUUAUGAGUUAGAAGACGAAGAAGAUGAGCACGUAAUAAGCGAAGAGCACUUGCCCAGAUACUGUCCGGAGCCCGUGGUCAUGCGAGGAGCCGGACACAUCACAGUGUUUGGACUGAGUAACAGAUUUGACACCGAGUUUCCCUCUGUUCUCACGGGAAAGGUUGCACCGGAGGAGUUCAAGACCAGUGUUGGCAGGCUGAACGCUUGUCUGAGGAAGAACUUGCCCGUGAAUGUGAAGUGGCUUCUCUGCGGCUGCCUGUGUUGCUGCUGUACAGUCGGCUGCAGUCUAUGGCCCGUUAUCUGCCUCAACAAGAGAACGAGAAGGUCUAUCCAGAAGUUGUUAGAGUGGGAGAAUAAUCGAUUAUACCACAAGCUGGGUCUGCACUGGAAACUCAGUAAAAGAAAAUGUGAAAGCAGUAACAUGAUGGAAUAUGUGAUUCUUAUAGAAUUCUUACCUAAAUAUCCGAUAUUCCGACCGGACUGAGGAGGCAGUUGACUCUCCUGGAGGUGUGGCCCUUGAAUCCUAUCCUUAGUGCCUUGUAUAUACAGUAAAGUUAGAGUAAGGGUCUGCGUUGGCGUUCCUCGUGGCGAGCUGUACACCCC